AAUUUAUUCCAGGCAAUGAUGAUGGUGUAAGACCCCCAUAACGGUCUUUGCUGGGGGUGGCCAGAAGUAGACUCAUAGCAACUCCAGAAAACCACAAGCUCCCAAAAUUAUUUUCCAUUCUACAUGAUCUUCAAAGUGUUGGAGAAAGUCCUAUCAUAGAGAACACUGAAAUCUUGCCAUUUGAUUUUUUGAGGAGACCCCUGGUACCUUCUGCUGAGGAGAUUGUUAGUGGACAAUGCAGUGAGACUCCCAAACAAACAGAACUUGUUUAGUAAGAGCUUCUUCCAGCAUCUCAGCAGCUAAACUUCGAAGCAGGGAGGAUCAUUUCUGCAGAAUGAGAAAAGUAGGUUGUUUGGAAGCAGUCAUUGGUACCUUAUCUAGGUCCUGGAAGAACAGCACCAUCUCCAGAUAUGAUAGUCUGGGACACCUGCUCUUGGGCUAAUGAGGAGGGCCUGAAUGUCCACUGAUUUCUCAAUUUUGAAUUUCCUGCAAAGUACUUUAGACAUGGGCCUUAGUGCAAGUAGAUAUUGCCACUAUUUGCAGCAUUGGGUAGGCCACUCACUAAUCAUCCCAUGGUAGCACAAUUUUUGAAGGCUGUCAAAAGACUUAAAUGACCAGUGAAGUUCUAGUACCUACAUGGGAGUUAUCCAUUGGUUGCAAUUGCUUCAGGAGGGACUUUAAGCCUUGUUAGCUAAUCCCCUGCACACAGUCUUCAGCUCUCAAGGGGUCACUCUCAGGCCCAUUUUUAUUUUCUUUUUUUAUUUCAAUAAACCGAUUCUUCUUCCAGCUGGUGAUCUAGAGGAGUUGAGUCAGAAGGACAGCAUACUUAGUAGAUGGAUGUGAAGAGGUGUUUAGGGGUAUAACCUAGAUGCAACCAGCCCCAUUUGAAAGAUGGAGAUACUCUUUAUCAUUCCUCCGGGUGUCAAGAAGGGACAGGCAACUUAAGCUGGCAUGAUAUAUAGAUGGAUCAUAACUGUAAUUAAAGAAUCUUGCUUAAAGGUGUAUGGCAUGGAAGUGGGAGUGUCCACAGGAGCUAUUUUCAGACCAGCUACCUGGAUUGACUUAUCUGAUAAUGCAGUUAAAUCUAAAAUUAGUUCCUCCAAGUCUGAGAAUGCCUAAGUAUAAAUAGACACGAUCUCCAACACUUGGUGAUAGUAUUACCCAUUCGCUCCCUUGGAAGUGUCCACUGCAGAUCCAGGAGGCCAGCUGGCAUGUAACUGUAAGAACAUGUUCUUGCUCCUCUCAAAGGCAUAAAACAUGGACAAGGACAAGGAAACAAGAUGCACCCGCUCUGCUUCUAACCAGCUUCUUAAGGACAGAUUUCUCUGCGCUCUGCAGUCCAACGACUUUGUCACCGUGGAGGAUCUGUUAAAUGGUGGGAAAAUUGACGUAGAUACCGUGUUUGAAGUAGAAGAUGAGAAUUUAGUCCUGGCUGCCUAUAAACCAGGUUACUGGCUUCCAAGUUACAAAUUAACAUCAUCAUGGGCAACUGGGCUGCAUAUUACAGUUAUGCUGGGACAUGUGGAGAGUCUCUUGGUGCUGCUUCAGCACCGUGCCUCUGUCAACAGCCGACCCAAUGGAAAGAGCCCCCUGCAUGUAGCCUGUGAAAUUGCAAAUUUGGAUUGUGUGAAGGUCCUUAUUAGUCAUGGAGCUAAACUCAACUCUUUUUCAGUUAGUGGACUGGCACCAUUGCACUAUUGCACAACCAAAGAAUCCAUCAAAUGUGCCAAAGAACUGGUAUGGAAUGGGGCAGACAUAAACCUACAAGGCAAUGGUGAAACUGAAGAAACCCCCCUGCACACUGCUUGCCGCAUUGGGAUACCAGAGCUCGUGGCCUUCUAUGUUAAUCAUGGAGCUGUUGUUGACAGUGUCAAUGCCUAUUUGGAAACUCCUCUAGCGACUGCUGCCUACUGGGCCCUCAAUAUCAAGGAACAGAAGUAUAGCCCCAAGCACCACCUCAUCUGCAGGAUGCUUCUUGAUUACAAUGCUAAUGUCCACUCAAGGGAUGAGGAUUUUAAGUCACCUCUCCACAAGGCAGCCUGGAACUGUGACCAUGUGCUUAUACAUAUGAUGCUAGAAGCAGGAGCUGAGGCCAACUGCAUGGAUGUCAAUGGAUGUGCUCCUCAGCAAUAUGUGCUUAAAGUAACAUCAGUACGAGCAGCUGCCUGUCCAGAAAUCUGCUACCAGUUACUACUGAAUCAUGGAGCAGCCCGGAUAUAUCCACCUCAGUUUCACAAGGUGCUGCAAGAGUGCCAUUCAUAUCCAAGUGCAGUGGAAGUGAUGGCUAAUGCUUAUGAACAUAUUAAGGCAACAACCAAAUGGAGAAAGGCAAUCCCAGAUUCUGUGCUUCAGAUACACUGGGACUUCUAUCAAUCUCUGUUUGAGGUUUGCAGUAAUACUCCUAGAUCUUUAAUGCAUUUGGCUAGGUGUGCAAUCCGUACAGCGUUAUGGAACAAAUGUCACAAAGCCAUUCCCCAGCUUCCAUUACCGACUAUGUUAAAGAAGUACAUUCUGCUGGAGCCACAAGGAAAGCUCUACUGAGCUUGCAGGAUCGACAAAACUCUAAGAGGACUGUUUCUAUGGGAGUGACCCUACCAUUUCCAAAAACAGAACUGUCUUCCUUUUUGUCAUAUCAUCCGAAGAUGAAGCUUUGAUAAUCAGGGGCUAUGCAUUUGCUAAGUUAGUCCAUUAAUGGUUAGCAAGAAAACAUAUGCACCAGAGAGGCAUAAACAAUGACUUCUACACUUAAGCAGUUAUGAGGCAUCUUAUUGGACAGUAGCUUACUGGACAGCAUAGAUGGGUAGAUAUCUACCGGACAGCUUUCUAUUGAUGCAGCCCUCUACUAAAGGGUCUGCAUUGGCCCCUGUUAUGAUCCGAUCUUUGGCCUGGGAGCCAACCAAUCAGAUGAGGCUGAUUUAGCCUACUACUUGAACAAUGUUAGUAGCAUGCAGUGGUAAGAAUAAUUGUGGCAUGCACCCAACAUGUAGCAAAUACUUUUUGGUAGUUUUUACAGUCCCCCGAAGUGCACACCUCUGCACACAAAGCCGCUGUGAAAAUGGACAGAUGGGAAGUACGGGUACAUUUGUUGUUUUCGUGACAACAUGCAGCACUUUAGUCACUUUAUGGUCAACGAGGUAACCUACACAUACCAUUAGCUGAUCUGCUUUGUAAUACUUUUUAGUAAACAAUGCAGGCCAUAUUAUCACUGUGUCUUUUAUGCUUUGCAUAGAUUUUCUUUCUCCCCAGAGCAGGAAAACUAGGGAGCAGGUACAUGAUGAUUCUCCUCACUAAGUUAGUCAUUUCUUCCCCCAUAGGGCCAGAGUUUUAGAGGAGUGGGCUAAAGGUAAUGCAGGACUGGGGUUGCCAACUUGAGCAAACCAGGAAAGAUCCUGGACAGCCAGCCAGCCUGUUGUGGAACAUUAUAUUCUAGUCCCCUCAAUUAACCUUGCACUGUCUCUAUUAGAAGUCAUUAAACUUGACUCUAUGGUUGAAGGAGGAAUUUAGGGCAUCUAAAGCGAUCAAGAAAAGUUUCUGCACUCUCUAACGUGUAGUUAAACUGUAGUCAUUGUUGGGUUACAUAAACCUCCACAUCCCAAUCCACUCUGAAUGCAACAGAACAGAGGCAAGCAUGUCCAUUUCAAGCAGGGGAUUACACCCCUUCCAUUACAAUCUUUAUUGUGAGAUACCAAAGUGCCACCAGUGCAUGGCAUGCACAAAGUGCAGGAAGGUUGAGGUUGCCAACUUAGGAAAACCAGGGAGAUCAUGGACAGACAGCCUGCAGCCUUGCUUUUGUGGAACUUAAUUUCCUAGACCUUCCAUUAGCCUAAAGCUGGCUUUCGUACGAUAUUAUGGGUGCGUGUAUGGCAAGUCGGUGAGUCGACCGGUAUCGCAGGAGGCUGCUGAUAUCGGUCGACUCGCCGAUCGACCAGGUCAGAAAAUUUUGAUCGGGCGCCAUAGAAGGCGCCUGAGCAAAAUCUGCCGUCAGGGCUGAAUCGGCAGAAGGAGGUAGAAAUCCUAUUGUUUCUACCUCCUUAUCUGCUGUUUCAGCCCUGACGGUGUGUGGCGGAUCUGACGAUGUUUCGUGCGACCGAUGGUCGCACAAAACAUCGCCACAUCGCCACGUGUGUGGCCACCUUUACACUGUCAGAAGCCAUUUAACCUGCAUCUACGUUGAGGGAAGAACUUGGGCCUCCUAAAUCAAAUCCACACACAAUCUAUAAUCCUAAAAAGUAGAACUAAAAAGUGAACAAUGGGAGAAGAAAUGUUCCUAAAUAUUCUUUGGAUAAAAAAGUAUGUCUUUUUAAUCAAUAUAAUAACUACUAUUUAUCAAAUGAUGUUUAAUAAAAUCUAAAUAUUUCAACCUGUGCCCAA